AUGGCAAUGGCGCUUUUCCAGUAUCUUACUGUGGUAGUAGGCCUGUCAGUUGUCUCAACCGCCACAACCCCAAACAACAGCUAUGGAACCUUCAUAAACCCCUCUUCUCAAGUGCGACCUUUCUUCAGGUACUGGCUACCAGAUGCUAGUGUUGAUCCGACGGUCGUAGCCUCUGAUAUCCGCUCCGCUGCAGAGGUUGGUGCCGGGGGCAUCGAGUUCCUCGGUUACUACGGGUAUGGAGGCGAUGCUGUGGGAAGCCCGCCCGGGUCCGACUGGGUGACAUAUGGGUUUGGCAGUGCACCGUUCCAGCAUUUAUUGCAGGUGGCCUUGGAAACUGCCAAGGAGAACAAUGUACUCGUGGAUAUUGCAAUGGGUCCGAACCAAGGGCAGGGGGUGCCUGCGUCUUCGGAUGAUGACGGUAUCCAAUGGGAUCUGGUACCAUUUGUCCAGAGAGUGCCAGUUAAUCAGACGAGGGACCGUAUCCCAGGGUGGGGUGAAGGAGAUCUAGUUGCCUGUGUCAUUGCCUCAGCAGACAGCAUGGCAAAUGUGUCUUUGGCCAGUGGAUCCGGUUCCUUAAGCACCACGCCGCCUCAGGAGUCAUACAUCGAGUUGGUCCUAGACGAGGAAUCUCUUCAAGACGUAUCACAAAACGUGUCGUCAGAUGGAAUCCUAGCAUUGCCAUCGUCGUUGUCAUCACGCGAUCUAUUUGUGUUCUCCUUCUAUCAGAAGAGGACCCUGCAUAAGGCGCUUACAGUAAAGUCUAACCGAACCGACACGAUCCUAGCAAAUGGCUCGUUUGUGGUGGACCAUUUCAGCAAGGAGGGAGCUAGGACAAUGAUCAAUUACUGGAAUGAUCACAUCCUUACAGAGGAAAUACGGCAACUCCUGUUGGAUGUGGGAAACUAUGGCUGGGAGGACAGCAUGGAAUUCCAGUCCAACAUAACAUGGACACCGAAGCUGCCGAAUGCGUUCUACAAAAAGUUUGGAUAUCCUCUAGGGAAAUUUCUCCCGCUCCUCAUUUUCGGCCAGAAUAACAUAAUGGCUCAAGCCAGUAACCCCGGGUUGGUAAGAGCCGUCUUCAAGAAUAGCGUGACCACCGACAAAUACAUCAACGAUUAUCGCUCCGUGCUGGCUGACGGGUAUGGGAGCUUCUUGACCACAAUGCGAGAAUGGCUGAAUCAGGAUAUUGGACUCCAAUACUCAACCCAGGUCUCGUACAACCUGCCUCUGGAUGCAUUGACAAACAUACCAAAGGUAGAUGCCCCCGAGUGUGAGAGCCUGCAGUGGAAAGACAACAUCGACGGGUACCGGCAAUUUACAGGUCCUGCAUACCUUUCUGGGAAGAAGGUCGUAUCGAAUGAAAUGGGGGGUGUUUCGUCCCGCGCAUACUCCCUGACAAUACCAGAGCUGCUGCAAAGCGUGAACAAGGCGUUUGCUGGUGGUGUUAAUAGGGUUGUUUUGCAUGGCCAGCCGUACAGUGGGAACUACUACGGUACUAGGUAG